CAAUUUUUGGUUCAAUAUCAAUAUAUGUAUAUUUAUAGACUUCUUUAGUCUUUCGUUAGCUCCUUAUCUUAGACAUUCGUGUUCUUUCCUUGCUAGACAACAUCAGAGACCCAAAUUCUUCCUCCUAAUCUCUCUCACUGAACAAAUCCAUGGGAGAUUACAGAUCAAACACAUAUGCUGAUGGGAGGAUGCAGAUGGUGAGCUACUAUGGAAAUAGACCCACCACUACAGACCCACACGGUUUCAGGUCAUACAGUGCUUCUUACGGUUCUUCUGUUGCUCCGCCGCCAAUCACCCAAAUGGGUGGUGGUGCGAAGGAUUUGAAGUUGAAGAAAGGGAAAAGCACAAGUGGGUCAUCUUCAAAAUCUUGGAAUUUCAAUGAUCCAGAGUUUCAGAGGAAGAAGAGGGUUGCUAGCUACAAGGCCUAUGCUCUUGAAGGGAAGGUCAAAGGGUCCUUUAGGAAGAGCUUCAGGUGGCUCAAGGAUAGGUACACCCAAGUGCUCUAUGGUUGGAGGUGAUUCAUUUAUGGGUCAUUUUGUACUAUUAUUCGUUUUUUCAUGUUUUUGUGUUUGAUAGUUGUGUGAUGAGUUGAAAUUUUGUGUCAUGGGCUGUCAUCAUAAAUACAUUAUUUGGAUUUCCCAGAUAUGAACCAAUUUGUUUCUGGAACUUUUUGUUA